CUGCUGCAGUUGCGGCGCUUCUCCAACCUUCGCAAUGACGCCCAAGGAGGACAAGAAGAAGAAGGAUGCCAGAAAGUCGGCCAAGAAAGACAAAGACCUAGUGAACAAAUCUGGGGGCAAGGCCAAAAAGAAGAAGUGGUCCAAAGGCAAAGUUCGAGACAAGCUCAACCAUUUAGUCUUUUUUGACAAAGCUACGUAUGACAAGCUCUGUAAGGAAGUUCCCAACUAUAAGCUUAUAACCCCAGCUGUGGUCUCUGAGAGACUGAAGAUUCGAGGUUCCCUGGCCAGGGCAGCCCUUCAGGAGCUCCUUAGUAAAGGACUUAUCAAGCUGGUUUCAAAGCACAGAGCUCAGGUAAAUUUACACCAGAAAUACCAAGGGUGGAGAUGCCCCAGCUGCUGGUGAAGAUGCGUGAACAGCUCAAACAAACUGUAUAUUUGGAAAAAUAAAACUUUAUUAAAUCAAAAAAAAAAAAGAAAAGAAACUGGCUGAGAAAGGAGUGGGGGGGGGGAGGUAAACUGAUAAGG